AUGGGCAUGGCUGAAGGAAAAAAGUUCACCUCAAAAGCUACCUACUCGCAUUCGAACGAACUAAAUGAUGCCUUCGCAAUCCUCCGCCGAAAAAUCCCGCAUAUGCCUUCCGACAAAAUGAGCAAAAUCCAUACGUUGAAGAUCGCUGUGGACUAUAUUAAAUUUUUGGCGGAGUUGAACGAUGAUGGGAUGAAUGUUGACCUAGAAGGAGAUGGUGAAAAAUUCCUUCAGAAUGCCUUCGGAAAUUGGAGAAGCCAGCACUAUCCGACAUUCAGCCAUGUUGGGCCUGUCGUUCCAGGGGGAGGGCCAAUGGCGCUGCAUUUCCACUAUUCAAGUUAUAUGCAUGUUCGGAACCCUUCCUCAACGGGUGGUUCUGAUUCGUAUUCACCAGAUGGGCAGCCAUUGACGGAUCCCGGCAUGACGACGAAUUUUUUGACAGAUACGGCAAACUCGUUGAACUACCUCCAUCAAUUCUGGCAACCC